AUGGGCACCACCAUCCCGGAAGUCGCUGGCCUCACCGACGGUCCCGGCGCACGCACCUCUGCCCCCGUCGAGGCUGCCGCGGGCACUACCGAUGCCGAUGAUUGCCCCGACCUGCCCGUCGAUGCCACCGCCUUUGACGCGGGUGCCGGAGCGAGUGUCCCUGUGGCCGCCUCACCCUCCGUCGUGGCCACCGAGGCAGGCAUCCCCGCCCCUGUCGAGGCCUCCAGAGCAGGCACAUCUGCCUCCGCCACCGCUGCCACUUCUGCCGUGGCUCCCCGGGCAGAGGUCCCCGUCUCCGUCACCGCCGCCUCCUUCGACGAAGCCACCGGGGCGGGCGUCCCUGCCUCCCCCGCCGUCUCUAUCCCCACCGUGGCCGCAGGGGCAGACUCUCCCUCCUCCAUCACCGCCGCCAUCCCCGUCACGGCCGUUGGAGCAACCGCCCCCGUCUCCACCGCCGCUGUUUCCUCCACCUCAUCGGCGUCGAGGUCAAUCACCUCCCAGGCCUGA